UCUCAGUGCUUUCAGGGGCAUCCAGCUCUGACUCAGAGAGAGAGGAGGAGAGAGCGAGCUUAGCUUAGUGUCGGUGCCAGCUCUUUUCUAUACACAGCUGCUACUUCUCGACUCAAAAAGAGUUUCAGUGUCACAGUUAAAGAAUUAAGUCUGCAGGAAAAGCAGUCCAACAGGAAACAUGGAUUCAGACUCUGGAGAGCUAAGUGAAGGAGAGCUGUCUCCAGGCCAAGAGAGUUUUAAUUCCAAAAGCCUGGCCCUGCAGGCUCAGAAGAAGAUCUUAAGCAAAAUGGCCACCAUGGUCGUGGCCAACCUCCUCACUGACGACACUAGCAGUGAGAUCCUGGACGAGCUCUACAAAGUCAGCCGGGAGUACACGAAGAACAAAAAGGAGGCUCACAAAAUCAUGAAGGAUGUGAUAAAGAUUGCCCUGAAGAUUGGCAUCCUCUACAGGAACAAUCAAUUCAGCCCAGAGGAGCUGGAAACGGUGGAGAAGUUUAAGAAGAAGAUGAACCAGACAGCCAUGACUGCGGUCAGCUUCCACGAGGUGGAGUACACGUUCGACAGGAACCUUCUCUCCGAGCUGCUCCUGGAGUGCAAGGACCUUCUGCACGAGCUGGUGGAGCACCACUUAACAGCUAAAUCCCAUGGUCGCAUCGAUCACGUGUUCGACCACUUUGCGGAUGUAGAAUUUCUCUCCGUACUUUACAGCUCCUCUGAAGAAUACAGACAAUACCUUAAAAAGAUUUGUGAAGGAAUUAACAAACUACUGGAUGAGGGAAUUCUUUAACCAGCUCUGUUUCUAUAACCCUUCCUGUACUAUAUGAACUAUAUAUAUUUUUUAAGGGAUGGAUGUUUUUUCAUGUGGCUGUUAACUCUUUUUAAGUCUGCUCAGCCCUUGUGUGUAAUUGUAAAAAAAAUGUUCACUUUAGUGUUUAGCUUGUUUCUUUCUGGAGAGAACCUUACUGUAAAUUGUACCCUGAAUAUCAUUUUGCCACUCUUGGCUUUAUCUUAUGUAUCUGUGCCAAUGACUUGUAUCUGGUUUCCAUUCAACACAAUUUUAAUUUAAGAUGAGAAAAUCUUUCAGUAAGAAUUUGCAGCAGUGUUUUCUUGUCAUGGAAAACAUUAAGGGAGGCACGGUGCUGCAGUGUUUAGCAUCGCUGCCUCACAUUGCUGGGGCCAUGGGCUCAGUUCUACCCCUGAGGUGUUCUCUCCGAGUUUGCAUGAGUUUCCACCAGGUGCUCCUGUUUUCUCCCACAAACCAAAUCCAUCUCCUAACCUGCAUUAUCCAGUACAAGGUUGUGGAGAAGCUGGAACCUAUACCUGCAAGCAACAGGUACAAGGCAGGAUAUACCCUGGAAGGGAUGUCAGUCCAUCACAGGGCAGACACGCUCACAUGAGGGCCAAUUAUGUCCAGAAGCCAAUUCACCCAUCAGUAUGCCGUUGGAUUGUGGGAGGAAACUGGAGCACUCGGUGGAAACCCAACUUUGUGAGGAGAACAUAUAAACUCCACGCAGGCAGCACCCCAGGAAUUGAACCCCAGGCCCCAGGAUGUGCAGGCAGCAAUGCCACCAUGCCACCCGCUUUAGGAUUUAUGCUGUCCUUUUUUCUGAAGAGAGAACAAGCACACUGAAAAAGAAAUGUAAGCAGAGUUAAGUACAAAAGCAUGCAAACUAGACAUGAAACAUCAAGGAGAGAUUAGGAAUAGGUAGCAGGAUACGACACAGUCAGGAAAUAGAUUUGUAGAUUUAUAUAUCAUUUUUUAUUUAUCCCUCUAUCUUUAGCGUCCGUUAUUAAAUCUUAUACUGUAGAUACAGUUGCUAUCAGGAAUCACUACAUUCAUUAACAGAUGCUGUACUCACAAGAAUGCUGGGCUAUCAGAGCCUGCUGCAGCCUUUCUUGACCAGAUGUUAGCUCUGUUUAGCUAGUGUCAGCACUAUCAGAGUAUACCAAAUAUAUAGAUCAAACAUUUGCCAGAACAAUCAAAAGACGUUCUGCAGAAAAAGUCCUGUAAGUGUAUGGCCAUGGUUCUUUCAAUACAGUCUUUCAUACCAAGGUGUUAAUGGCUGUGUGUUUUAUUAAAGGCUCCUCUUGAACACGA